AUGAAUUUGCCAACAGAAAGUGGGGUAGAUGUGGUCACCGUUAGUUUGUGGGUUUUGUUGGUUCUGGUUGUGGUCAAAGUGGUAAAUUUGGUGAAAAAUUUUCAAGAUCAUGUUCGAGCUUUGGAGAAGUUUCCAGGACCACCGCGACACUGGCUACUAGGACACGUACACAAGCUCUAUCCACCAGAUGAGACAGGAGCUCUAAAGUUUACAAAUGAACUGACAGCGGAGUACGUGUACGCCUUUCCUCUCUGGUUUGGACCAAUCGGGUUCCUGAACACCUGUCACCCAGAGUACGCUAAAACUAUCCUGGCAACAACAGAACCAAAGGAUGAGGUAGUAUACAGAUUCAUCAAGCCAUGGAUUGGUGACGGUCUCCUGGUGAGCCAUGGUCAGAAGUGGUUCCGUAACCGCCGCCUGCUGACGCCAGCGUUCCAUUUUGGCGUUCUACAGCCGUACACACGCAUCUUCUCCGACUCUACCAACAUCAUGAUGGCCAAGUGGAAGCAGCAGGGUGCUGGUGCCCUGAUCAGCGUGUUUGAUGACGUGAGUCUGAUGACACUGGACAGCAUGCUGAAGUGUGCACUGACUGUGGACAGCAACUGUCAGGUGGACAGGAAACAGAACCCAUACGUUUCUGCUGUGUUUGGCCUGGGGAAGUUGGCUGUACAGCGUUUCCUGUUCUUCCCUCUGCACAGUGAUCUCAUCUACUACUUCACCCCUAUGGGAUACAGGUUCAGGAAGCUGUGCCGUCUGGUGCACCAACACUCGGAGACGGUCAUCAGAGAACGUCGCCAGGCACUGAAACAUCAGGAAGGGCACCAGGACUCACCAAACCAGGGGAAGAAAUAUCUGGACUUCCUCGACAUCUUACUCAAGACAAAGGAUGAAGAUGGAAACGGUCUGAGUGAUGCUGAGAUCCGAGACGAGGUGGACACAUUUAUGUUCGAGGGACACGACACGACGGCCAGCGGUCUGUCCUGGACACUGUACAACCUGGCACGACACCCAGAGUACCAGGAACGCUGCCGACAGGAGGCACGCAACGUGCUGGAAGGGAGAUCCGAGGUCACCAGUCCUGACCUGCCCAAGCUGUCCUACAUCACCAUGUGUAUAAAGGAGAGUCUGAGGCUCCACACCACCGUCCCCGGGGUCGGCAGGAAACUCACUAAGGAGAUCACCUUCCCAGAUGGGAAAACCCUCCCAGCAGGUAGUAACGUUGGGGUCUCUCCCUGGAACAUCCACCAUAACCCACAUGUCUGGAAGGAUCCAAAGGUGUAUGAUCCCUCCCGCUUCCUACCAGAGAACAGUAAGGGUCGACAUAGCCAUGCCUUCCUGCCCUUCUCCGCAGGCCCCAGGAACUGUAUUGGCCAGCACUUUGCCAUGAACGAGCUGAAGACAGCCGUGGCUCUGAUCAUGCAGAGUUUCCGACUGACUGUUGAUGAGAACCACAUCCCCACGGCUGCCAACUCCCUGGUACUGAAGGCUGCUGAACCUGGGCUCUUCCUGAAAGUCAUGGCUUUAGAUUGAGAGGAAAGGAAGAAAUGAAA